AGACCCCGGCCUGGAGCUGAUCUCGCUCCCCGGAGGGAAGGGGCGCGUCACGCACCCUGCCACGCGUCCCUAGCCACCGCGUGACGAAACUUGCUGGGUGCAGGCGGCCAAGAUGGCUGCCGGGGGACUGUCUCCAGGAGGAUGGGCGCGCGCAUUUGCCAGGAUCUGGGACAAUGUCUGGGGAAGUGCCACCCAACAUUAACAUUAAGGAGCCUCGAUGGGACCAGAGCACUUUCAUUGGCCGAGCCAGUCACUUCUUCACUGUCACUGAUCCCAGGAACAUCCUUUUGACAAACGAACAACUAGAGCAUGCCAGGAAAGUGGUGCAUGACUACAGGCAAGGAAUCGUUCCUGCUGGCCUCACGGAAAAUGAGCUGUGGAGAGCAAAGUACGCGUAUGACUCGGCUUUCCAUCCUGACACGGGUGAAAAGAUGACUCUGAUAGGACGGAUGUCUGCUCAGGUCCCGAUGAACAUGACCAUCACGGGCUGCAUGAUGACCUUCUACCGGACCACACCAGCUGUGCUCUUCUGGCAGUGGAUAAACCAGUCCUUCAAUGCUAUCGUCAACUACACCAACAGAAGCGGAGAUGCUCCCCUCACUGUAAAUGAGCUGGGAACGGCUUAUGUUUCUGCAACAACCGGCGCUGUGGCAACAGCCCUUGGACUCAAUGCCUUAACCAAGCGCGUCUCACCACUGAUAGGACGUUUUGUUCCCUUUGCUGCUGUAGCUGCUGCUAACUGCAUUAAUAUCCCACUGAUGAGACAAAGGGAACUCAAAGUUGGCAUUCCCGUCACUGAUGAAAAUGGCACUCGGUUGGGAGAAUCGACCAGCGCUGCAAAGCAAGCCAUCACGCAGGUGGUCAUCUCCAGGAUCCUCAUGGCAGCCCCUGGCAUGGCCAUCCCUCCAUUUAUCAUGAACACCUUGGAAAAGAAAGCCUUUCUGAAGAGGUUCCCAUGGAUGAGUGCACCGAUUCAAGUCACAUUGGUUGGCUUUUGUUUGGUGUUCGCCACCCCCCUGUGCUGUGCUCUGUUUCCUCAGAAGAGUUCCAUGUCUGUGACCAGCUUGGAGGAUGAGUUACAAGCCAGCAUCCGAAAGAGUCAUCCUGAAUUACAGCGUGUGUACUUCAACAAGGGCCUGUGAAGCCAAGAUCGAGCCGUGGAGGGUCCGCCUGCCAUCUGUGAACCUCCCGAAGCCACAGCAGCGAGGAAAUGCGGGGCAGGGCAUGCGUGAUGGGGCACUCCCAGCUCUAGAAGCCUCUGUGAGAUCUAUGUUAGAGUCAAACUGCCAGUCAGGAGCCUGACAUUUGAAUCAUGUUGUAAUUUACAAAAAUACCCUUCUGGUAGAUUUUAAUGACACUUUUUUUGUUUUCAAAGCCCCACCUGGAGCUUUCGAAAGCACUGGCAGACAUAGCAUAGGUGCUCAGUUA